AGUAUUAUAAAGAGCUAGGGUUUUCAGCAGCUUGAACAACCCUAACAACGCCCACACACCCUAAAGCAAACAAUCAAAAAAUAGAGCGGCUGUUACACUAAUAAUUUUCCAGAAAUGAAGGUUGUUGCUGCAUACUUGUUGGCUUUAUUGGGAGGUAACACUGCCCCAAGCGCUGAAGAUUUGAAAAAGAUUCUUGGUUCAGUUGGAGCCGAUGCUGAUGAUGCUAAAAUUGAGUUGCUCUUGUCUGAGGUCAAGGGUAAAGAUAUUACUGAAUUGAUUGCAUCCGGAAGGGAAAAGUUGGCUUCAGUUCCUUCAGGCGGUGGUGGUGUUGCCGUUGCCGCAGCAGCCGGUGGUGGUGCUGCACCUGCAGCAGCAGCUGCUGAGUCAAAGAAAGAAGAGAAAGUUGAGGAGAAAGAGGAGUCUGAUGAUGACAUGGGAUUCAGCUUGUUUGACUAGAAGAAAUGAAUUUUUGUCUCUUCUUAUUAAGCAUACUAAGGUUUUAUCUUGUGUUAUGUGAUUUUGGUACUGUUUGUUUUAGUUUUACUGAUUUUGUAAGAGACCAUGUAAAAGUCUUGGAUUUAAGGUUUAGUUGAUUAUCUGAGAUUCUUAAUCAAAGUGGUUUUCAUUCUA